CCCGUCGCUCUGGAAUACUUGCAGCCUCGUUCUCUAUGGUAAGGCGGAACUUCAGGGUUUCCCGACUGAUGAGGAAAGACUCAGGGUGAGAAGUUCUGGAUUGUAGCUCUGGCCUCAAAGCCAGCACUACUCCGCUUCAACAUGAACCAUGGUCCCCAACUGAUCACCUUCACUCGUGCUCAGGAGGAGUCGGAUCUCUGGAGAGAUGGGCAUGUCCAGAAAAAAAGCUGCAGAGGCCCCCGUCCCUCUGGCCAGGAGGAAGGGGCUGCUGCUGGGGAGGCGGCUCGCAGCUUCUACGAGGACUUGGUGCUUCCAAGUGACCCUGGGAGAUCCUCACAGAGGAAACGAAAGGCGCCUUGUAUCCGCCGCCACCACCCAGCACAGGACGCUCCCCAUACUCAGAGCCGCCCAGGGCAGACAGAUACCCGCAAAGGGAACCAGCUCUUGAAAGCUGCCCAGGAUGGUAACCUGAAGUCUCUGCAGAUUCUGGUGGAGAAGGAAGGGUGUGACGUGAACUACAAAGAUGGUUAUUACUGGACAGCCAUGAUGUGUGCAGCUUAUGCCGGACACGGGGAGGCAGUGAGGUAUCUUCUGAGCCUCGGUGCUGCCUGGGUGGGGGUUUGUGAGACUCAAGGCCGGGAUGCUAUGGAUCUGGCCGAGGAAGCAGGACACCAGGACAUAGUGGACAUCUUACAGGAAAGCGAAAGGCCCCGUGUGAAGGAGGAAUCCUUCAGUUCACAGGCACCAGUGGAGAGGAAGUAUUGCGCCGUGUGCCAGGCCCACUACCGUGAGGACACUGUGGCUCUCCACGAGCGCUCCACUGCCCAUCUGUUCAACCGCCGUGACCCACUGCCCCCGACGCGCUACCACAUCCCCGAGAGCAACGUGGGCUUCCGUCUGAUGGUCAAGGGGGGCUGGGAUCAAGAAACUGGCCUGGGGCCUGAUGGCACUGGCCGCAAGUUCCCCAUCCAGACUGUCCUCAAGCGAGAUCAGAAGGGCCUGGGCUUCUGCAGCAACCUCAGACCCAAGGUGACCCACUUUGACGCCAAUGACCCCAACGCCGUGGAGCGACCGGCCGCCCAGCAGCCCAGGAAAGAGCGGGCCGCAACCGUGGGGAAGCGGGAGGCCCGACGCAGAGAGGCCAAGGCUGCUGCUUGGGAACGCAACCUCCGCACUUACAUGAACCUUGACCUUUGAACUCUUAUUGCAGAGGUGGGGGAGUUGUGGAGCACAAACUCCCAACAGCCCCAGCCAGCAUGGCCAAUAGCAAGGGAUGCUGGGAGCUGUAGUCCAGCAGCAUCUGGAGGGCCUCAAGUUUCCCUACUCUUGUCUCAUUGGAUAGCUGAUUAUUGUAUUGCCUAAAUAACCUGCUAAUGAACUCUCGUUCUUCUUUUGGCCCAGUUAAAGGCACAGAACUACAUUGGAAGGGCAGGAAAGGUGAGAAACUACUGGCCAGUAGCCAGAGAGAACCAGAACAGUAAACAUCCUUGUGCCCUUAUAUGUAUAGCUUAAAAUGGACCAGUAAGUAAUCUGGAAAAAAAUAUGGGGGGAUAGUCUUGUGAUUUUUCUCCCCCGGAAAUGAAAAAUCAGGUUGAGUUUCCUAUGUGUCCUACUAGACCAUAAUACUUGCAGUCAUCCUACGGCAAAGGUGGUGAGCCAGGGGAGAGGCUGUUGGCAUACCGACGCGGUCUACAAGGGAAGCAAAAGGCCGACAUCUCUGUGUGUCUUCCCUUCAAAGUCAGUUACCAAAUAAAAUGGUUUGCAUCCAGUGUAUGUAAUUCUUAGCUGUGAUUGGUCAAGGUUCUGUGUGAAAAAUAAAAUACAAUUCUCUGCCAGAGUAA